ACUUAAAAAUAAAAAUCUAUUUUUCUAAUAAAUUAGAUUAUGUUCAAUAUUACAUGCAUAUGUACAACAGUAUAAUAGCUAGGUAAUUUAAGUUAAAACACGAAAAUGGUGCAAUUAGAACUAAGUAAAAUGUUAGCAGUCUCUGUAGACGACAUGAACGAACAGGAUCUGGAACAGUGGUAUGAUGAAAUCACAGUAGCCGAAUGCGAUCAACUCGAUUUCCAGUUGGAUCGUAAACAAUGUGAAAACAUGUUUAUAAUUUUUCGGCGAAUAUUGAUGUAUAAAGGAGAACAAGUCGAUUCAUUAAUGACUGAAAUCGAAGAUUUGGCCACUAAACAAGGAGAAGAAGAAGCUAGGAGAUUGAAAAAAGAAGAAGAAAUUAGAACUAUUAACGUAGAUGAUUUAUCUCAAAAUGACCAAACCGAAGUAAUCCGGAAGGAAUUGACUAGACUUGAACUAGAAAAUGAACGUUUAUCAUCAGAUGUUCAACAACAAAAACAAGAAGUUGAUUUUAAAGUCAAAGAAUUGGAUAAGAUAUCUGCACAAUUAUCAAAAGUCGAAAAUGAAAGAGAUUUUUUACGUCGAGAACUUGAUGCUGUACAAGAUGAUAUUUCUGGAAGACAACUAGACGAUCAACCAAUUGAAGAUAACUUAACAAUGGCUGAAAGAUUUAGAGACUUAACGGAAUCUGUUAGACAAAAAAACCAACAUAUCACACAAUUACUUAACGACAUUGAGGUAUCAGAAAAGGAAAAUCGAAUGUUAAAACAAUUAUUAGCAAGCACAAGAGAUGAGCUUAAAAAUGCUACGCAACACCUGAACACAUUAAGUGCUGAAUUUGGAAACAUGAAAUGUUUACAGGAUGAAUAUACAGAUAAAAUUAAAACAUUAGAACUGAACGAUAAAGGUCUGCGUAGUCAAAUUUCUGAACUAGUAGCCGAAAAAGAAAAAUGCGAAGAACAAAUUGAUGAAUUAGGCGAUGAGCUAGAAUCUAGAAUAAAACAAUUAACGGAAUUAUUGUCAAGAAAAGAUGAAGAGAUUUUAAAUUAUAAAUCACGGAUAGGAUCAACGGAUUCGAUUGAAAAUCAAAAUACGUAUUUAGCAACACUUCAAGAAACAGUAGCCAGGCAGGAAGACCAAAUAAUGGAACUCCAAAAACAAGUCCAUCAAGCAACCAAUGAUAUCAACCGGAGCGCAGCUGCACUUGAACAUCAGAAAAAACUAUAUAAUGAAUUACUUAUUAAAAAUAAAAAAUCUCCUGAAUUAAAAGAUUUGCGAAAGAAAUUAUCUGAAACUCAAGAUCAAUUAGAAUCGUGUUUAGACAAGUGUCAAAAAGCAGAAGAAGAUGCUACCGAGAAAGCAGAACAAAUAAGCAAAUUAAUAAUACGUAUUCGUGAAUUUGAAUCUGGUGAAUAUGGUUUGGAAGAGGCCACGGAACAGAUCAGAAAAUUGAAACAAGAACUAGAUGUACGAGAUAAUCAAAUAAAAGAACUUAUAGAUUCGAGCAAUCUACUUCAUCAAGAAGCUGAUCUGUUAGAGCAAGAUAAUUUAGCCAUGAAAGAAAAAUUGGGUUUGCCAGUGGAUGAAGUUGUAAGACCAAAAGGCAUGAUGGCUAGACAUAAAGAAGCACAAACAAAAAUAACUAUGUUACAAAAUGAACUGGACGAAUGCAAGGAAAUUAUUGUCAAUCUUAAAUUAAAAAAUCGUAAUUUGAAUAAAUCUACUGAGUCUAUUAAAUAUAUAAGUUCAGACGGGGAAGACGAUAAAGGUCUAAUUCUAAAUAAAUCUGAGAUUACCAGGCAAGAAACAGAUAUUGGAUUUGAACUUGAAGAUAAUGUUAAAGAAUUAAUCGAAGAAAAUGAAUCACUUAGAAAAGGAAUGCAUGAAAUACUUGAUAGUAUACAUAAUCAAGAUGGAUUAAGUGUUGUACGAAUUGAAUGUCAAAGCUUAGAGAGACUUUUAGAAGCGAUGGAUGCCAGACACGUAGCUGGAUGGUAUCAACCUGGCAUGCGAUUAUUGGCUAGGAUCAAUAAUUUGGAAGGUGUAAACUCAAAUCUAAGACACCAAAUUCAUUUAUUACAUGAUGCGCUAACUACAGCCAAACAAGAACUUAUCAAUACACAGAAAGAAGAGAUAAAACUAAAGAAGCAUAAUGUAUCAGAAGAAAUAAAAGGAGAUGAACUUUCAGAAAAUCUUAAAGAAUUACAGAUUGAGCAAAAAAAAUCUCUUCAAUUAGAAGAAGAGAUAAAAUUAUUUCAAAAUAAAUUCCAACAAUUACAAGAUGAAAUGAAAUUAGUAAAUGAUGAAUAUGAUAAUGAAAAACAAAAAAUUAAAUCAUUGGUAGAUAAAUUAGAACUAGAACUAAAAAUAACUCAUAAUAAAGAAAAUGAUUUGAAAGAACGUUUUCUUGAAUUAGAAAAAUCAUGGAAAACAAUGCUUGAAAAUCCAGAUCAAAUUAAACGUCAGCUUUCUUAUAAUGUUAUAAAAGUUACAGGAUUAACUGAAGAAUUACAAGUGGUUAAACGAAUGUAUCAAUGUUGUCUCGAAGAGGAACAAGUUUUAAAGAAAGAAAAACAAAAAGCGGUUGAAGAAGUAUGGACACUGAAGGCAACCUACAGCAAGGAAAUAGAAAAUUUAUUAAAAAUUCAAGAAAAGCAAAAAAAUGAACUAAAAAAAUUGAACGAUCAAAUGAAAAAUGUAGUCGACAUUGGGGAGUAUAAAAUAUUAAAAAAUGAUUUUGAAGUUUUAACUGCUAAGCACAGAGAAAUAUUACAUUUAGUUUUGUUUAAGGAGGAUACAUUAAAAUUAUCAUUAGAAAGAUUAAUGACUGAAGUUACUCUCUUAAAAGAUCAACGGUUACAUUUUGUGAUCGAAGUAGCCAAUUUUUAUGGAACAGAUGAUGAACUAACUUCCAUUAAGGCAGAAAAUAUCAUUUCUAAUCAAAGAGCAGAGCAUUCAGAAAAAAUGUAUUCACUUCUAAAAGAUCAAAUGGAAGAAAUGGAAUCUAGAUGUAAAAGUCUCGAGCAAAAUCUAUGUGAUAUGCUUGAAGCAAAUCUACAAUGCCAGACUGAAGAAGUGCGAUUACGUGAAACAACAGUUAAUAUGGUGGAUGAAUCAGAAUAUACUAGAAUGUGUGACCAAUUAAAAGAUGCCCACAAUAGUUUAGAAGAAGCUGUUGGAGAAAGAACUAGAUUAUUAAGAAUUCUAGAAAUAGCUCAGAAUCAAGUACAUGAUCUUGAGCAACAUCACAAACGAUUAGACCAUCAACAUGAUGUAUUGCAAAGACGUGUCAUAGAACUUCAAGCCUUGAGUGAUGAAAAAGCAACAAUAGACAAAUUAAUGCGUGAGAUUGCAAAUCAUGAAGUCAAUCUAAUGGCAGCUUCUGUUGAAGAAACAAAACUUAAGACUAUAAUACAAGAUCAACAAGCAAAUAUUGCUGGAUUAGAAUGUAAAAAUGAUAGAAUUUUAGAGCAACAUGAAUCAAUAACUCUUUAUUAUAGAACAAAAAUAUCACGAUUAGAAAAGAUAAUUUUUGAGUUACAAAGACGUUAUCAUGGAGCUAUUCCAUUAGUGUCAGAACAAAUAUGGGUUCAUCAUAAACAAAUACUAGAAGAAGCAUUAACAAUAACUUAUAGAAAGUGGGUGUGUGAUAAUAAGCCAAAUGAUAUCGAUGAAAUAAUCUUUAUUCCAACAAAAACUACAGAAGAUUAUCGUUCAAAGUACACAGAACUCCAAUUAAAAGAGCUUAAAGUUCAAUUGAUUUGCAAUGAUUUACAAAAAAAAAAUCAACUUUUCAUAGAACGCAUUGAAAAGCAAGACUGUUUUAUUGAAAGUCUUGAGAAAGAAAUAAUGCGAAUGGAUUCUGAUUGUAUGCAUAGCUAUCUGUCAUGGGGAAUUCAGGAAUUUUCUAAUGAUUCAAAAUCAAAACCAAAAACACUAGAUAAACAAAUUAGCGUACAAUCAGAAAAUAAUUUUAGAACAUUAGAAGGAAAAUUAGAAGAUCUUAAUAAACAAUUAACAGCAAAUAACAACAUUCUUAUCCAAAAAGAAACUAAUAAUUUAACUAUCAAAAAACUUCAAACAACUUUAAAAGAACUGGAAGAUGUCAAAGUUUGUCUAGAAAAAGAAAUAUUUGAAAAAAAUGAUCAUAUUAGAAAACUGACUGUCGAGUUAGCAUCUAAUGACAUCCCUGAAGCUAAUACUCAAAAUCCCGCUUUAUUGGCCACAAUAGAAAGCCUAGAAACAAUUAUUAGUCAAAAAGAAGAAACUAUAAAUAGACUUCAAGAGUUAUUAAAAGAAUGUAGAGAAGAUCAUACAAAAGAAAUAAUUGAAUUACAAAAAAAUGCUGAAGCACAAAAUUUUAGUAUUAGAGAAAAAUCACAAAAAGAUAUUUCAUCUCCUAUUCACUCAAAUAACAUUAAAUCAGUUGUAAAUCAAUAUAUGAUACGGAUAACUGAUCUAGAAGAUAGAAUUAAACAAGCUGAUGACGAUCUUAAUCAAGCAAAUUCUGAAAAAGAACACUGGAGUGGUGUAGCUGAAAGAAGGCUUAAAGAAAUGGAACAAAUGAAAUCUGAAGAUGACUCAAAGGAAAAGGAUGCUGAAAUUGUUAGACUUAACGAAAUAAUAAUGGGAUUUCAAAAUAGAAGAGAUACCCUACCAGCUCAAAGAGACCGACUGAGAGUUGAACUAGACAAAAUGAAAAAGAAAUUGAAUGAUUACGAAAGACGUGAAAAAGAAGAUAAAUCAGAAAUACAGAAAUUAAGGCAACAAUUAAUUUACAGGCCCCCAACUGGAGGAAAACGAGAUGAAGCUAUGUCAGUUGUUAAAGAAGAAGUACUGCUAAAAAAAAUUAAAACAUUAGAAAUACAACUUGAUGAUUAUAAAAAAAAAGAUGAACAAAACAAAAUGCUACGAAAAUUAAAGUCAGAUGAACAAGUUGGUAAGUGGGAGAUGAAUAAACGACGUCAAGUAACAAAUGAAAGGUUACAAAAUCAAUUACUAGAUAUGACUAGAGAAUGUGAUUCACUUCGUUUAAAUAAUCAAAGGCUGAGAGAUAAUUUAAUGAGAAUGGAAAAAGAUAGAAAUGCUUUAGAAAUAAAACUUAAAUUAGCUAAUGCUACAGUACAAUCAAGCGCAUUGGCAAAUAGUCUAGUCGAUGAAUUGACUUUAGAAAAGGAUAGAUUGUCUAAUGAGUUAUACACUUUGCGUACUGCUAAAGAAAUGAUGUCUGGUGGUACAUCAUUAGCUGAAGUUGUAGUUGAACUUCGUCGAAAAAUAUCAACCUUGGAACUAUUACAAAAAGGUGGAAGUAAUGCUUUAAUUAAAGAAGUAGAAACAUUAAAGGAUAGUAAAAGUAGAUUGUUGAAAACUAAAGCUGCACUUGAAGAAGAAAAUGCUCGAUUAAAAAAAAUUGUUGAUCGUUUGCAAUUAACAGAUAAUUUGAGUGGUAUAUCCAGCUUAAGUUCAGAUUCAGAUUAUCCCAGUACAGAUAAUAAGCGAACUGCAAAACUAGAACGCUUAGUAAUAAUGUUAAGAACUGCUGUGGAUAAACUAAAAGAGGAAAAUAAAAAUUUAUCACUUGAACGUGUAGUUACUAACAUUGAUGAUAAGAGUUAUGUGGAAAAAUUGCAAAGUGAACUUCAGACUACACAAACCUAUUAUUUGGAUGCUUCUGAAAAAUGCACACAAUUAGAACAGCAAUUACAAGAUUAUCGUUCACAGUAUGAAGCUGUUAUUACAGAAAAUGAAAGUUUAAAGAACCAGUUGGAAAAAAAAUGUUAUUUAUUAAACAAAACAAAAACUAUGUUACAAAAAGCAGCGGCCAGAGAACAACUAACAAUGGAAUAUCCAAAUAGCUAAAAUAUUAAUAAUCCUACUUCCAUUGAAUAAUUGAUUAAAUAAUGUACUUAUAUGGUACAGUUCAUUUAUAGGUCAUACUUCCUUAAUUUAAAUAACUAUUUAUUUUUUAACUAUUCAAAUAAUAU